AUGCAAACAUUUACUGCUGCAGAGAAACUGCUGACAAAGCAGUCAACUGUCAGCAAAGUGGAAUUCAUCUCUAUGUUGCAGUGCUGCAGGUAAAGGUGAUUCCUGCCACAGAGGGACAGACAGUAACACUGAUGUGCAGCAGCAGCAGCUGUCCUCUGACUGAAAACCCUGCAGCCUACAUCUGGUACAAGAACAGAGAGUUUCUCUAUGAGGACUGGUCUCCCUGGUACCAAGAGCUGCUCAGCAGUGAGGAAGCAGUCACAUACUCCUGUGCUGUCAAAGGCUACGAGCAUCUCAGAGCCCCUGAAGUCUCUGUGGCUUCUCUGACUCCAGCCUGCUUCACUGUGACCUCUGCUAAAGGGAGGAUGUGUUCUUCUGAGCAGACAUCAGUGGAUGAGUCCUGCACCAUCACAUAUCCCAGAGAAAUUCAUAUCCAGAGAUCUCCUGGUGCAGUAAAUCACAGCAGACUGACCUGUAACAGCAGCUGUUUUCUGACUGACCCUCUGACGUCCUUUGUUUGGUACAAGAACAGAAAGAGAACGACAGAGGAGAAAAAACAGAUUUUAGUUUCUGACAAUUCUCCAGACAGCUUCUCUUGUGCUGUAAAAGGUGUUGAGGAUGUCCACUCUGCUGACGUCUGUGUUUUGAAUGAGACCUGCUGGAGUCUGAAUUAUGUCCACAGCAGAAUCUGCGCCCUGGAAGGAUCUUCAGUGAACAUCUCCAGUAAAUACUCACAUCCUGAGUACGAGCAGAUAAAGUCUAAAUGUUGGUACAAAGUAAAGAGAAAUGCUGAGGAGGAAGCUGAACAGCUGCAUGAGGAUGCAGAUAAUGUGGAGUAUGAUGACAGCAUGAAGAACCAACACAUCCUCACAUUAAAACACCUGAAGAAAGAUGACUCAGCAGAAUACAGGCUCACAAUCACAACAGAAAAUGAACUGAAACAGUCUGAUGUUCCUGGAGUUAUUCUGAUUGUCACAGAGCUGAGAGUGGAGAUGAGUCCUUCUGCAGUGGUGACAGAGGGUCAGAGAGUCACACUGACCUGCAGGACCAGCUGUCCUCUGACUCACAACACAAACUACAUUUGGUACUUCAACAGUCGACCUCUGACCCCGAGAGAGAACCAAAACAAACAUCUGAUCCUGGGACCCAGUCAGCAGGGAGAAUACAGGAAGCUACUCCUGUGCUGUGGAAACCAACAAAGAUAUCAGCUCUGCUCCAAAGACUCUCACUGUCCAAAGUAUCACAGGAACAUGGACACCAGCAGCUGCAGGAGGUUCUGCAGCUCUCCUGGUUUUAAUACUGCUCACUGUCUUCUGCUGGAUCAGGAAAAAGAGGACCACCAGUGAGACUCCAAGAAGAGAAAAAUCAGAGAACAAGCAGCAGAUGAAUCUUGAUCCCAUGUAUGAAAACAUCUCCGCUCAGUCAGCAGAGCAGGAUGAUCAUCACUAUAGCAGACUGCACUUCAGUGAGAACCACACAGCUGAUCUCUACUCCACC